UCUAUCUAUUAUUCUGCCAUAUCCAAAGACUACCUGGAGACCGCCGAGCUCAGCAAGGUGGGAAGUCGGUAUUCACGGUGAGGGCCUCGUGCUAGCCGCAUACCGACCGAGUCACUGGUCUGAGAAGCGCGCGUCGUGCUUCACCUAAUGUGCCGCAAGACCAUUACUUGUAUACGGGGCGGCCCCGAUUCAUAUAGACGGACCGCGGUGGAUUCAUAAUUCGGAUAAUGCCAAUACCGGAUUGGGUGGAUGACUACGACCCUACACCAUCGUCGACCGACGCUAAGCCGCUAUUGACAGGUCCGCCCCAUCAGCCCUGUCAGCCCUAUAAUAGCCCUACCUACCUUAUGAGCCGACCGCUCGUCGCCAUUUCGACCUUCUUAGCUUAUUGGAAUAUGACAUGGCCCCUCGAAUUCGAUGAGCGCAUUUUGCUAAUAUCGCUUUGGUCUGGGCCUAUCCUGUAACUUUUUGACGAGGCCCGCCAAAACUUCUCUUAUCCGCUUCAACCUGUUGAGACUCAUCCGCCUUGCGUUCCUGCGGCCAAUAUGGCGAAUAAUCUCGUAGGGUUAGAUGAUUUCCAUAUUAACGACUUAAUCAAUGAGCCGCCAUGGGCUCUCUUCGAGAUGGAUCUCAUGGAUGAUGGUGACGAAACAUUGGAAAGGAAUUUAACUUCUCACCAAGCCGUCAUUCCUUCCACUACAAGUGACACUGUAGCCGGAGAUACGCUUAGCUGUGGUGGUACGCUCGGGAAGAAUGUUGAGUGGAGGCGGUCCGAUGGCAAUGCGCCUUUGGAUAUGAAUGAUCCAACCGUAUUGAGCGAAUAUGGGUCCUUAUUUCUCUUUGUGAAUAACCCAUCGGUCCACCAUCUCGAUCUUGAAAAUUACGACUCAUCAAAGCAAGCUAUCAUCCGAGCUCUCGCCGCCAAAUUCAGUCUUCAAUACUCUUACGACGCGUCUCUCGGCGUAAUUCAACUUCGAAAAGAGAGCUACGCAGAAGGCUUGAGUCAACACGAACAGCAACCAAAGACAACCCCGAGACUCAUCCCCCCUAUUUCAACUGAAGGCUCUACAUCGUGUCCGCAAUGGAAGCCGAGCCAUGCAGAUAGAAGACAGAACGAUGAUCUUCCCUGUGUGGAUGGAACAUUUCCAUUGUUCAAUAGUGACGUCGCUAUGGACGUCGAUACUACGUCCAGCGAGUUCAACUUUGGAAAGCUCGACUCUUGGGGAGAAGCCAGGGAGUAUUCCCUGACUACUCCGCAGUAUCAAACCCUUUCAGAGGAUGAGCAAGACCAAGCAAGUUCGCGGCCGGCUCCAACUCAACAACCGCGAAGUCCUUGGGUCGGACUGUCCCGCACGCUAAAAGAGGUCGGAGCCUGUUGGAGAUGCAAGAUUCUUCGAAAGAAGUGUGGUCCCGAUCAGCCCUGCAAGGCGUGUCCCAGACCCGGUACAAAUACUUCCCGAUGGCAGAAUAUAGGGUGUAAACGUGGUACCCUUUUUGACCACACACUUCGAGUGUCUCUAUGCCCAAAGGCCAGCCCGCCUAAUGAGGCCGGCAUCGAUGGUGCUUUCGAUGCAUUGCAACGGGUAUCGAGUUCAGGCCUCUAUAGGAUUAAGCUGUGUCUUCAAAACGCCGCGGGCCGCCUUGACAACGUUUUUGCUUCUGGCAAUGACACAUACGCGAAAAUCGUCCUCGAGAUCCUCUGUUCGUCUAUGUCGGUCACGUCCAACACGCCACUGUCUCAAAGACGUGACGUUGAAGGUAAUGUCGUUCAUAUAGCUUGGGGACUCGUUGAAGUUAGCUCGGCGAAAGACAUCUUGAAUAUCAAAUCCGUUGAAAACACUCUCGACAUCAUAAAGGCCGCUGUCACUUAUGAGACCGAGUAUGGCCUAUCGCAAGCUAUACCGUUAGCUAUUGAAUGCCUGAGAAACUGCAUUGAUAUGUUACGAUUACAGGACGGCGGCCAUCUAAUAUCCGAGCUGCAUGAUGAUUGCACAGCCGGCAUAUGCCAGGUGGAAACCUUCCAGGACCUUAGCUCAAACGUCAAAUCUUACACUGAUGAGUUGUCAAAGGUUAUCUUCAGAAAAGAAAAUCGGCUCCAAGAGAAAAGAUGGUGGUUAUCGGUUUUCUACAGCCUCUGGAUACAAUCCCACGUUCGGCAAACCAUCAGAUUCGUCGAAACUCAAUCAGAAACUCCACUUCACCCAGAGAUGAAGAAUGCUUGCUCAAACUACCUUCUACUUGCACUAGAUCUUUUUGACGCAACAUCCACAUCAUUCGAUCCCCUAUCUUCCACUUGGUCUCUUGAAGAAGAGCCCCCUAAUAUGGAUCUGCGACUCAUUAAGUAUUAUCGACUUGCUCAAAAGACGCUCAGCGAACUGUGGAGAUUCGACAUCGGCGGCUCUAUCGACUUUCUGAGGAGUCUAUAUUACGAUAUGGACACAUCCUUGAUCGGCAAUCCAAGAACGGACUUACCAUUUUCACCUAUUAUGGGCAUCGCAAACGAUAAUCUCGAAGGCCGGAGUCUUUUUAGCCCCGGGAUGUUUUCUCAAUCCCAAAAGCUUCACGAAAACAAAAUCUCGGUUCCGGUGAGGACUAGGUCCGGUGCGAAACGACGCGCAGGAUCCCCGUUACAAGAAACGGGAUUCAUCCGACGUAAUGGAAGUUCGUCUAGCAUGCUGGACAGUCGAGACGUUCGAAGCCGAGGCAUAUCAAUAGCCAGCCCAGGAUCCCCGAUGUCCCCAGCUUAUUCUUUUGCGUACGGCACCAGUAGUUCAACGAGGUGGAAUGGCAGUGGUGACAGCCUGGCCGAGAUGGCCAAGUUUGGGACCAGCCCUCCAAACCCUCGAGACCAACUUGACUAUCUAAGCCCUUCUAAGACUCACAUCCCGUCUUUACACUAUAAGAGCAGCACGGAGAGUUUCCUCGAACUACCCAGGACGCUAAAUAAGCGCCGACCAACGAGGAACACCUCCAAGAGUGGUCCACAGUGCAUGUUUAUUUGCGAAUGCUGCCCUAAGAAACCAAAGAGGUUUGAAACCAUGGAAGAGCUAAGUGCUCAUGAAGCUGAGAAACAGUACCAAUGCAGUUUCUGCGGGAACCGCUUCAAGUCAAAGAACGAAGCCGAGCGCCACCAAAACAGCCUCCACGUGCGGCGGCACGCUUGGUCGUGCCUACGACUACGAUAUACCGACAUAUUUCAAGAGAGCAUCAAUCAGCCAAGCAUAGCCGACACGUGCGGAUACUGCGGGGAGGACUUCCCUCGCAGCGGAGGUGGCACGGCUGGUAUGCAAGCCACCGAGCAGGAUUGGGAAGACAGGUUAAAUCACGCAACGGAAGUCCAUAAGUUCAAUGAGUGCAACUCGUCGAAGAAGUUCUAUCGGGCGGAUCAUUUCCGUCAACAUUUGAAGCACUCCCACGCUGCUACUGGGGGAAGGUGGAUAAACGCGCUUGAGAGCGUUUGUAUGACUGAUAUUCCUGCACCGAAUGGGUCGGGGGAGGGAUCUUGAGGGGUUGGGACUCG